AAUAAGAAACGAUAGUUGCGUUGGGAGCAAGGCAAACUUGUGAAAUUGCGGAUCAAAAUCACACCGUGCGUGUGGUAUAAAUAUCCAACCAUCGCUCAUACAAAAGUUAUACAUUCCGAUCUCGCCAACGCCCACUGCUCAUCCGAAUACGGGUUUUAUCUAGCGUGGUAUAUAUCGUUGAAUGGGGGAUCAAGACGUUGUUACAUCUGUUUGUCGAUUUACAAGGUUUAUUGAAUUUGAUACGUGUUCAUUUACCGCGUAAUACCUAAAGGCUUUUCCAAUUUUGCUUUCUUCUGGUAAUACAGUACUUGUUUAAAUAUGUUUUUUGUGGAUAUAGAGUUUAUCGAUCUGGAAAGUCGUAUAUUUACCGUACUACGUGGGUUUGUUAUACUCAAUUGACUGAUUCGAUUUGACUUUGGUGAUUGUAGGGUUUGUGGAAUUGGAAGUGGUUGAUUUGAGAUGGCACAUUUAGGUGGUGGUGCUGAGGCACAUGCCCGAUUUAAACAGUAUGAAUACAGAGCCAACUCGAGCCUUGUGUUGACAUCGGAUUCUCGGUCUCCACAAGAUACGCAUGAGCCAACUGGCGAGCCUGAGUCUUUGUAUGGGAAGAUAGACCCCAAGAGUUUUGGUGACCGUGCUUAUAGAGGGAGACCAGCAGAGUUGGAUGAGAAAAUCACCAAGUCCAAGAAGAAGAAGGAACGUGAACCAUCAUCACUUGCUUCUGCUGAAGCUGGGAAUAACAGACAGAGCAAGAGGCGCCGUCUUCAAGAAGAGAGUGUCCUUACAUCAACAGAGGAAGGGGUUUAUCAGCCAAAGACGAAAGAAACUCGAGCUGCAUAUGAGGCAAUGCUUAGUGUCAUACAGACACAAUUGGGUGGUCAGCCUUUGAAUAUUGUAAGUGGUGCUGCAGACGAGAUCUUGGCUGUGCUCAAGAAUGAUACUUUGAAGAACCCGGACAAGAAGAAGGAUAUUGAGAAAUUGCUAAACUCUAUACCAAACCAGGUGUUUGAUCAGUUAGUCUCUAUUGGGAGGCUUAUAACAGAUUUUCAAGAUGCAGGUGGUGAUGCUGCUGGGUCUAAUGCUGCAAAUGGUGAAGAUGCUCUGGAUGAUGAUGUUGGUGUAGCUGUUGAAUUCGAAGAGAAUGAAGAGGAUGAUGAAAAGAGUAAUCUUGAUAUUGUACAGGAAGAUGACGAGGAGGAAGAAGAUGAUGUUUUGGACAGAGAUGGAAACAAUGCUAUGCAAAUGGGUGGGGGUAUGGAUGAUGAAGACUCACAAGAAGCUAAUGAGGGUAUGACGCUUAAUGUACAGGACAUUGAUGCUUAUUGGCUUCAGAGGAAGAUCUCCCAGGCUUAUGAGCAGCAGAUUGAUCCACAGCAAAGCCAGAAGCUUGCUGAAGAGGUACUGAUGAUUCUUGAAGAAGGUGAUGACCGUGAAGUCGAAACGAAGCUAUUGGUGCAUCUUCAGUUUGAUAAGUUCAGUCUGAUAAAGUACCUUUUGAGGAACAGACUGAAGAUUGUGUGGUGUACCCGUCUUGCAAGGGCUGAAGAUCAAGAUCAAAGGAAGCAAAUUGAAGAACAAAUGAUGGGACUGGGGCCUGAUUUGGCUGCAGUAUUGGAACAACUGCAUGCCACAAGGGCAACAGCAAAAGAGAGGCAGAAGAACUUGGAGAAAAGCAUAAGAGAAGAAGCAAGGCGGUUGAAGGAUGAGAGUGGUGGUGGAAAUGGGGAUCGUGGUCGAAGGGAUGUUGUUGAUAGGGAUGCUGAAAACGGUUGGUUAAAUGGUCAAAGACAGUUGCUUGAUCUUGAGAGCAUCGCGUUUCAGCAAGGUGGUCUUUUGAUGGCAAAUAAGAAGUGUGAGCUUCCUUUAGGCUCUUACAGAAAUCACAGCAAGGGAUAUGAAGAGGUUCAUGUGCCAGCAUUGAAGCCCAAACCUUUUGCUCCUGAUGAGAAGCUUGUAGAGAUAUCAACCAUGCCAAGCUGGGCACAACCAGCUUUUGAGGGGAUGACUCAGUUAAAUAGGGUUCAGAGUAAAGUUUAUGAGACAGCCCUAUUUAAAGCAGACAAUCUUUUACUCUGUGCCCCCACUGGAGCAGGGAAAACCAAUGUUGCUAUGCUCACGAUUCUGCAGCAGAUAGGUUUACAUAUGAAUGAGGAUGGUACGUUCAACCGCAGUGACUACAAGAUUGUCUAUGUGGCACCAAUGAAAGCCCUUGUUGCUGAAAUCGUUGGUAAUCUGUCUAAUCGUUUGGAGCCCCACUAUGGCAUCAUUGUGAAGGAGUUGAGUGGAGAUCAGUCUUUGACCCGUCAACAGAUUGAGGAAACACAAAUCAUUGUCACCACUCCAGAGAAGUGGGAUAUUAUAACAAGAAAAUCAGGAGACCGCACUUAUACUAAGCUUUUGAAGCUUCUAAUUAUUGAUGAAAUUCAUCUUCUCCAUGAUAAUAGAGGACCUGUUCUGGAGAGUAUUGUGGCAAGAACUCUUAGACAAAUUGAGACCACAAAGGAACAUAUUCGGUUGGUUGGGUUAUCUGCCACAAUUCCCAAUUAUGAUGAUGUUGCGUUAUUUAUGCGGGUUGAGUUGGAGAAAGGCCUGUUUCAUUUUGACAAUAGUUACAGACCUUGCCCACUUGCUCAGCAGUAUAUUGGAAUUACGGUAAAGAAGCCAUUGCAGAGAUUUCAAGUGAUGAAUGAUAUUUGUUAUGAAAAGGUGAUUGGAGUGGCUGGAAAGCAUCAGGUGCUUAUCUUUGUUCAUUCAAGGAAAGAAACAACAAAGACUGCGCGUGCAAUUAGAGACGCUGCUCUUGCUGAUGACACCCUGGGGAUCUUUUUGAAAGAGGAUAGUGCAGCUCGUGAGAUUCUGCGUGAUCAUACUGAGCUGGUGAAAAGCAAUGAUCUUAAGGAUUUGUUACCUUAUGGUCUUGCAAUUCAUAAUGCAGGAAUGGCCAGGGCUGACCGUGAUCUUGUUGAGGUAUUAUUUGCUGAUGGACACAUUCAAGUACUUGUUUCAACAGCUACUCUUGCAUGGGGUGUGAACUUGCCUGCCCACACUGUGAUUAUCAAAGGAACCCAGAUUUAUAAUCCAGAAAAAGGAGCCUGGACAGAGCUUAGUCCUCUAGAUGUCAUGCAGAUGUUGGGUCGUGCAGGGAGACCACAGUUUGAUACUUAUGGUGAAGGUAUUGUUAUUACUGGACACAGUGAGAUGCAAUACUAUCUUUCACUGAUGAAUCAACAGCUUCCUAUUGAAAGUCAGUUUGUAGCCAAGUUGGCUGAUCAGUUGAAUGCAGAAAUAGUCCUUGGAACCGUGCAGAAUGCAAAAGAAGCCCUCAAUUGGCUUCGUUAUACUUAUUUAUACGUUCGUAUGAUGCACAACCCUACACUCUAUGGUUUAUCAGCGGAUGCUCUGACAAGAGAUCCUUCACUUCUGGAUUGGAGAUCUGAUCUGGUUCAUUCUGCUGCCACAAUACUGGAUAAAAACAAUCUGGUGAAGUAUGAUAGAAAAAGUGGGUAUUUUCAGGUUACUGAUUUGGGUCGAAUUGCAAGUUAUUACUACAUAACUCAUGGAACUAUUGCUACUUACAAUGAGCAUUUGAAGCCUACCAUGACCGACAUUGAGCUUUGUAGAUUGUUUUCACUGAGCGAGGAGUUCAAAUACAUAACAGCAAGACAGGAUGAGAAGAUGGAGCUUGCAAUGCUUUUGGACCGUGUUCCUAAUCCCAUCAAGGAAAGUUUGGAAGAGCCCAGUGCAAAGAUCAAUGUCCUACUCCAGGCAUAUAUUUCUCAGUUAAAGCUUGAAGGACUUUCUUUGACAUCUGACAUGGUGUUCAUAACUCAGAGCGCAGGACGUCUUAUGCGGGCUCUUUUUGAGAUUGUAGUGAAAAGAGGGUGGGCCCGGUUAGCCGAGAAAGCCUUGAACUUGUGCAAAAUGAUAAACAAGAGGAUCUGGAGCGUACAAACCCCUUUACGCCAAUUUCACGGGAUUAAAAAUGACAUAUUGAUGAAACUGGAGAAGAAGGAUUUGGCAUGGGAAAGGUAUUAUGAUCUGUCAUCACAGGAGCUGGGAGAGCUUGUUCGAGCCCCCAAAUUGGGGAAAAAUCUUCACAAGUGCAUUCACCAAUUCCCAAAACUUAAUCUUGCAGCACAUGUUCAACCAAUCACCCGCACCAUCUUGAGGGUGGAACUCACUAUCACUCCUGAUUUUCAAUGGGAAGACAGGAUUCAUGGGUAUGUGGAACCAUUUUGGGUGAUUGUAGAAGAUAAUGAUGGGGAAUACAUACUCCAUAACGAGUAUUUCUUGUUGAAGAAACAGUAUAUUGACGAGGACCACACUUUGAGUUUCACAGUCCCGAUUUAUGAACCUUUGCCACCUCAGUACUUCAUUAAGGUUGUCUCAGACAGAUGGCUUGGAUCCCUGUCUGUUUUGCCUGUUACUUUCCGCCACCUAAUCUUACCAGAAAAGUAUCCUCCACCAACAGAGCUGCUGGACUUGCAGCCACUCCCUGUGACUGCUUUGAGAAAUCCUUUAUACGAAGCCCUUUAUCAAGAAUUCAAACACUUAAACCCUGUCCAAACUCAAGUCUUCACAGUUCUAUACAACACUGAUGACAAUGUGUUGGUUGCUGCACCAACUGGCAGUGGGAAGACCAUUUGUGCAGAGUUUGCAGUUUUAAGGAACCAUCAGAAAGUUUCAGAGGGAGUGAUGCGUGCUGUUUACAUUGCUCCUGUUGAAGCACUUGCCAAGGAGCGAUAUAAUGAAUGGAAAAAGAAAUUUGGAGAUGGUCUUGGGCUGAGGGUGUGUGAGUUGACAGGGGAAACAGCCACAGAUUUGAAGCUUCUUGAAAAAGGGCAGGUGAUAAUCAGCACUCCGGAUAGAUGGGAUGCUUUGUCUCGUAGAUGGAAGCAGCGAAAGCAUAUUCAGCAGGUAAGUCUUUUUAUUGUUGAUGAGUUGCAUUUGAUUGGGGGUCAAGGUGGGCCAGUGUUGGAGGUGAUAGUCUCUAGGAUGAGAUACAUUGCUAGUCAAGGUCAUAACAUUCGAAUAGUGGCACUAUCCACUUCACUUGCAAAUGCCAAAGAUUUAGGUGAAUGGAUUGGGGCCACAUCACAUGGUCUUUUCAAUUUCCCACCAGGUGUUAGGCCUGUACCUUUGGAAAUCCAUAUUCAGGGGAUAGACAUAGCCAACUUUGAAGCCAGAAUGCAAGCCAUGAGCAAACCUACUUACACUGCUAUUGUCCAACAUGCCAAGAAUGGAAAACCAGCCAUUGUCUUUGUUCCAACAAGGAAGCAUGCAAGGUUAACUGCUGUGGAUCUGAUGACAUAUUCGAGUGCUGAAAGUACAUACGAGAAUGGAGAGAAGCCUUUGUUCUUACUUCAAUCUGAAAAUGAGAUAAGCCCGUUUAUUGAGCGGAUUAAAGAACCCAUGUUGAAGGAAACUCUGGUCUAUGGUGUGGGAUAUCUGCAUGAGGGUCUAACCACAACUGACCAAGAUAUAGUCAGGACACUGUUUGAAACUGGUUGUAUUCAGGUAUGUGUGAUGAGUGGUACAAUGUGUUGGGGGGUUUCUCUUCGUGCACAUUUGGUGGUGGUUAUGGGAACGCAGUACUAUGAUGGCCGAGAAAACGCACACACCGAUUAUCCGGUUACUGAUCUUCUUCAGAUGAUGGGCCUUGCAAGUCGGCCUCUUGUGGACAAUUCUGGUAAAUGUGUCGUCUUUUGCCAUGCACCACGUAAGGAGUACUACAAAAAGUUCUUAUUCGAAGCAUUCCCAGUUGAAAGCCAUCUGCAUCACCACCUACAUGAUAAUCUGAAUGCUGAGGUGGUUGUUGAAGUGAUUGCCAACAAGCAAGAUCCUGUUGAUUAUCUGACCUGGACAUUCAUAUACAGGAGGCUUACACAGAACCCGAAUUACUACAAUCUUCAAGGUGUGAGUCAAAGGCAUCUCUCGGAUCACCUGUCUGAACUUGUGGAGAACACUUUAAGCGACCUGGAAGCGAGUAAUUGUGUUACAAUCAAUGGUGAUUUUUAUCUUUCCCCUAACAAUCUGGGUAUUAUUGCUUCUUAUUAUUACAUCAGUUACACUACAAUAGAACGAUUCAGCUCUUCGUUGACCCCAAAGACAAAGCUGAAGGGCCUUUUAGAGAUUUUGGCUUCUGCUUCAGAGUUUGAACAACUUCCGGUACGCCCUGGAGAAGAGGAUUUGAUACGUAGGUUGAUCCAUCAUCAAAGAUUUUCAUUUGAGAACCCUAGAUACACGGAUCCUCAUGUGAAGGUAAACACACUGCUUCAAGCUCACUUUUCCAGGCAGAUGCAGAUGGUGGGAGGAAACCUAGGUUCUGACCAGCAAGAAGUGGUGCUAUCUGCAAGUAGGUUGCUUCAGGCCAUGGUUGAUGUUAUUUCAAGCAACGGGUGGCUUAGCUUGGCUCUUCUGACCAUGGAAGUGAGCCAGAUGGUGACACAAGGCAUGUGGGAGAGAGACUCUGUUCUGUUACAGCUGCCUCAUUUUACAAAAGAUGUAGCCAAGAGAUGCCAGGAAAACCCUGGAAGGAGUAUCGAGACUGUGUUUGACUUGGUGGAAAUGGAGGACGAUGAGAGAAGGGAGCUGUUACAGAUGUCAGAUCCUCAGCUCAUGGAUAUCGCAAAGUUUUGCAACCGGUUCCCUAAUAUCGAUUUGUCGUACGAUGUGGUGGAUGGUGACAACAUUAGGGCUGGAGAGGAGUUUACGAUGGUGGUGACACUGGAAAGGGAUUUGGAGGGUAGGACAGAGGUGGGACCGGUGGAUGCCCCGAGGUAUCUGAAAGGGAAAGAGGAAGGGUGGUGGUUGGUGGUUGGUGACACAAAGAGCAACCAGUUGCUUGCAAUCAAGAGGGUUUCGUUGCAGAGGAAGGCCAAGGUGAAGCUUGAUAACAUAACUGCUCCUAGCGACGCAGUUGGGAAGAAGAGCUUUACUCUGUAUUUCAUGUGUGACUCUUACAUGGGAUGUGACCAGGAGUAUAGCUUUUCUAUUGAUGUCAAAGCAGGAAGAGGCUCAGAUGAUUGACAGUGGAAGAGAAUGAUAUGAUAUGACAUGAUUUUGAUUUGGUUGUCUGGUGUCCUCUGUUUUGUUAGAAGUCUGGUGAAAUAAUAUUGAGGGGGUGGUUGGGAUUUUGCUUAUUUAAAACAACUUAAUGCUUUUUUGUAAAACUGCUUAGUUGUUUAUCUGGUGUCAGAAAGUAGUUUUUUAAAAAGGUUUGGCAAUACGUUGAAAAUGUAUUUUUUUUAUUGUUAGGUAAAUUCUGAUUAUACGUCUAUGCAACUAACAAAAACAUGUUUUAAUAUAUAUAUAUAUAUAUAUAUAUAUAUAUAUAUAUAUAUAUAUAUAUAUAUAUAUAUAUAUAUAUAUAUAUAUAUAUAUAUAUAUAUAUAUGAACACAUAAAAGAAACUGCAAUAAGGCAAUAAGCAAAAUCCCAAACACACCCUGAAUCAGCAACAGGUAUUUUCUCCCUUAUUUUGGUGGGGGGUGAUAAUGAUAUCAUAAUGUAGUAUCUGGAUAAGCAUAACGUUUGAUAUACCCUUUAAGUAUUGUUAAAAUUUGUGAAGAUGAUGAUGAUGUUAAAUUGUAAAAAAUGAAAUGAGGAUGACAUGUUUCAGGUGCCUGGAUUACCAGAUGUAGACUUGCAGACCGCCAAAGAAUCACAAUCAGGUUCGUAUAAAAUAAAAAGGCAUUUUGACACCUUAACAGAGUGACGCGUGAGGCAUAUGUUAAUUUUAUUGAUUUUUUUUUACUUUGACUAAAUUAAAAGACUUGAUGAGCCUUUGUGACCUCCGGUUUCAUCUGUUUUCUCUUCACCAUCACACCCUCUUACAGUAUAUGUUUCUGGGUUCAUUUUAUGGAAAGAAGUUUGAGAAGAAAGAGGGGAAGGAAAAUCAUGUUCCCUAGUUUUGUGAAAAGAAAGGGAGAAUGGCUCUUAACUCUCCUCCUAAAAUGGAGGGAUUUGGAGGCUACUGAUAUAAGGCAAUGAUAUUUAUUAUUUACCAAAUUACCCUCUACCUAUUAAUUACAUAAACCUCAAAAGUAGUAUAAUUUAUUCACAUUCAGAAGGUAAAAACUCUGGUUCCUCGUCACUGUUGCUCUCAGCCAACAGCGUGCGUCUUCUUUGUCCCUCCCUGCCAGGUAUGUUGUACAGUACUUGUUGCAGUUUUUUUUUUAAAAAAAAAAACCAAUACUGUAAGAGAGGGGUCUUGGUUUGCACAAAUGAAGAUCGAACUCGAGACCUCUAGCUCUUCAAUCAUGCGCCUUAACCAGUUGCACAAAUGAAGAUGAUAUGCCUUAUCAUAAACAUUUACAUUAUUGCAUUUGAUUUUACAAUGCUAUAUAUAACUAGUAGCCCGGACUCUACUUUAGAGAAGGUGAUGGGCUUUAUUUGCUAAAACUGUCUUUAAUGUUUCCUUUCCUUUAACUUUUGGUCCAUCUGAUUAAAUCAAAGAUUUUUUAGCCUAGAGUAAGCCUAACAACAACAACAACAACAACAACAAAAAAUAAUAAUAAAUAAUUUACAUGACGAGGGAUUGGUUGAUAUGAAGUUUUUGUAUUAGAUAGAUUAGCUUCUGCACUCUGAUUAAAUGAAUGGAUAGGAUAUAUCAUGUUUAUUAAUUAAACCAGUGGCAGCCAAAAAAUGUUUGGCUUCCCUUCCCUAUUUAAAAGGAAAAGGAUAUGAAUCAUGUUUGUUGUCGCUAUAUUUGAUAUAAGGAUAAGGAUAAGGAUGUUGCUUCUGCUGUUUUUAGUGUCAAGAUACAAGAAUUAAGUUGAUUGCUAUUUAAGAGUGUGAAAAAUUUGAUGCUAACUGGUCAGUCACUGCUGUUAUUAUCCCAACCCCAAAUUGAUUGAUUAUUCAGGCAUUUGGUGUCAUUUAUGAUUGACCAACCUUUUUCUUGUUUUUAGGGCCCCAUUUUGCAGGUUGAAGUUGAACAAGGGUUUAUGUUUAUUUAUAAGUGAUUUUAACUUCUAUGUUUAAGCAUUGGUGUAUGUUGGGUCGAGAUACUUUUUUUUUAAUUUUUGUUAGGUUGCUUGGUUAAUACAAACAAGUGGUGAUUGCCAGUGUGUUGCAGCUUUCAUUUAUUAAUUUUUUUAGAACAACAAGACUUGAAUC